UAACUUGGUAGGUAAAUCAACGACCGUGUUAUUCUUCAACUUCUGGAUUUUAAGUUUUGAACUUCAGACUCGGGGAAAACUUCAGCUGGCCCCGUAGGUGGAGUUACGUUUUAUGUUUGUUUAUUUUGAAGCAAUAGUACAUUUAUUGCGUGAUAUCUUUUAGUGUUACACAGAUUGGAAGCAUGCUCAUUUUAUAUUCUAUCUGAAUAAAAGCAUUUAAAUUGAAUCUUUAAUGAAAUUGAAUUUUAUGGUCUAGUUACCAAUAUUUAUAUAGCAAGAGGAUGCAAUUAUUAUGAAAAACUGAUAUGUAGUCUGAGCAAAAUUUUGUGCAUUGAAACACGUGCAUUGCACUUCACGUUUAAACUAUGAAAGGUAAACUGGGCAGUUUCAGCGCAUGUCUGAUAACUGCCAAGAUAAGCCCACGUGUAAUAACAGUAAGUUGAACCUUAUUUUUAUUAUUUUGAGAUGAGUUAAAUACACAGUCGCACGUGUCCGUUUUGCUGCUGGCUGAUAAAGGACAAAAAAAGGAAAAGACAUGAAACGCGCAGACUCAAUCAAAAGCCAAACGUGACUAGAAGAACUGUCUUAGUAAUUAUUAUAGUCUAUCAAUGAAUUUAGACAAUUCCGGUUUUAAUUUUUUUUGUACUAUAUUCAUUUCAACCUUUGCUUUUAAGUAUUUCAAUAGUUUUUUGGGUCAGCCCAAGAAAUCUUUGCCCAGGGCAUUUGAUAACCCUGUCUUUUCCUCAUAUAAAAACAAGACAUUGUAAAAAAAUAAUUUGCAAGAAGAAGAACAAUUGGGACACUUAAAAAGCUCAGCCAAUAUGCUGCCAUUUUUCUUCUAUUGCCCUGUGAAUGUCUCCUGUUUUCCUGUGUAGUUACCUUCAGGUGGACACGGGCGUCUUCCAUGUGUGGUUGAAAUUCUUGAUGCUGGUUUUCUCAUACAGUCUUGCGGUUGGAGGUUUUUGGUUUGUGAUGGGGAGGCUGUGCUGGUCUGACCGUUUUGCUAACAUCCAGCUGUUUGGGAGCUGUUUAGGCCUUGGGUGCUAGUAUGGUCAGCACAGCAUACACCACGAAAUCCAAAUAGCUAUCGCGCGUCGGACACUCAGACUAAUAAAGUCUAUCCAGUCUGUCUACCUCUUAAUAACAAGAAAGGUAGCUGCACAGUGAUCAGCAUUAAUGUGAUAGUGAGCACAUAACGUUCAAACACGUGCUUAGAGAAUUAGGAAAGGUAACUGCUUCUCUACACAGCUCUGAAUAAUGCUUCCGUUUGAGGUGGGUAGACCCCAUUUAAGAUUCGCAAAGUGCUUCUUUCUGCCGAAAAUUCCUCCCCCGUAUCACUGGCUUCUCCCCUCGUUGUUAUGAUUUUGAGCUUGCUAAGAACAUUUUUUUGCGAUUGUGUUUUUUUUUUUUUUUCCGAUAAACCCUCCCUAUUGGACCAGAUGUCUCUUGGCCAUUAAUGAAAAGGUCGCUUAUCUUUUGGUGCACUGCCUUCUUCCUCUGUCCCCUACGAGCGUCUCUGUCCCCUUUGAGCGUCUCGGUCCCCUGUGGGGGGUGUUGUGCAGAUGCACAUGGAGGACGCAAGACUGAUACAUUUUAGAGGGGUUUGGUUCAGAGUGGAGAGGAGACCACCGCCCCCUCUGCCUGUGAACUCACAGUGACCCUGCAUCCUUUAAACGAUCAUAGUAUGCAAAUGAAGAACUUAUUUCUUUGUUCAUAUUGCUCUUCGGCUGAGGGUGACUUCACCACACUAACCGCACUGCACGCUUCGCCUCGUCCGUCUACCCAGUGCCGGUUCAGAAAGUGCAAGUUUCGUCAUCAGCAACCUUUUCUCAUAUGGAUAGAAAAAUCCCGAAUGAAUGUGCUAGUCUUCUGAACUCCUCAAAUAUGAUAAUGCUACGCUGCAGUGACGUUCUUACAGCAAAACAAAUAGUUUGAGGUUAUGGGGAGAUCUUCAAGGCCUUUACCAGUUCGAUAACUGGGUGAAAAGGGCCUAUUGCUGACUGUAUUGGGUUUCAAAAAAUCUUCCAGAUGGGUCCAUUAAUCCACGUUACGUUUGCGCUCCCAACUGAUUCAGACAGGAGGAUAUAUUUAUUCUCUCUUUACGCUUGUGAGUCCAUUAUAUUCUUACAGUGGCUGCACUGUUCAAAAGAGGCACAACUUCCACUUUUUAUAUGAGUAACAGAAAAAUCAACAUUCUCCCUGGAUACUUUUGACUGGGGGGGAAAGUCCACUCAACUGGACAGUUUCCCGUUUGACUAGGACCUGUUGGAGUCUUGAUGUACAAGCAGGAAAGGGUCCUAUUCAGCCCUUCAGAGAGCCCCCUGCCAAACUCCACUUCCUCUCCUCUUCAUGUUCCAGCAUCUCGACGGGCCAGCAGGAUGGAGGAAGAGCCAGCGCGCCUGCCUACACACCUGCGACUGCAGCCGAUGUUCUGGAGCAGAGAGGACGUCUCUCAGUGGCUGAAGUGGGCAGAGAGGGAGUUCUCGCUGCACCCUAUCGCCAGCAGCACGUUCGAGAUGAACGGCAAGGCUCUGCUCCUGCUCACCAAGGAAGACUUCCGCUACCGGUCGCUGCAGUCCGGUGACGUUCUCUACGAGCUGCUGCAGCAUAUCCUGAAGCAGAGAAAACCCCACGUCUUCUAUCCUUCUGCUUUCUUCUCGGGGAAUUCCUUCCACUCGUCAGCAGAGGGGGUGCUGCAGCAUCAUAAACUUGAAGAAACGGUACGGCGAACCGCACGGAAUACAGAGCCCCUCCCCCAGCACACGCCCACCAUCGAGCUGCGCCACCGGCCCCGCUCGCCUCUCCACCGUCCUUCUCCCAUCCCCUGUUGCUCCCCCGCUGAGCUGACACACCAGGAGGACCCCCUGCAGGCGUCUUCCCAGCUGCCCGACAGCAACCACCACCCCGAAGACCACUACCAACUGUCAGUGUCACCAGCCAAUCGGAGCAAUGGGCGCUGUACUACCCCCCACGAGGCAGCUCGGCCGGAGACCCCUGGCCAGGAGAGCCCGCGGGUCAUCCAGCUGGUGCCCAGUGCCAUUAUGAACCCGCUGAACCUCAACGCCCGCGUGGGGGGCGCAGACUUCAAGCUUGCACGUGCCCCCCCUGAAGACGUGCGCGAGGCGAAGGGCUUGCCCGCAGUCCAAGCCCGCGAGGACGUCUUCUACCGUAACCACAUCAUGUUGCCCAUCUCGCCCCCCAAAGAGCAGGCUGUGCCCAUUGGCCGGAUAGCAGACUGCAGGUUACUUUGGGACUACGUGUACCAGCUUCUGUCCGACAGCCGGUACGAGAACUACAUUCGCUGGGAGGACAAAGUCACGAAAGUGUUUCGGAUUGUGGACCCCAAUGGCCUCGCUCGGUUGUGGGGUAACCACAAGAACAGAACCAACAUGACGUAUGAGAAGAUGUCACGGGCGCUGAGACAUUACUACAAGCUGAACAUCAUCAGGAAGGAGCCGGGCCAGCGACUGCUCUUCAGGUUUAUGAAAACCCCGGAUGAAAUAAUGAGCGGCCAGACCGACAGACUGGAGCACCUGGAAUCUGACCUGGAUGAACAAAUGUACGUCAAGGAGGAAUGCUGAAAGAUUCCCAAGGACUGCUUUAGAAAUGGACCAGGCAGCCUGGCGGAACAUGGAGCAAGAAAUCGCUGGGAAGCCAGGGACUGCGACAAGCACAAGAAUUUUGUGAUUUCUUGGGUAUGGCAAAGGAGCUUGUUACUUGGCCUCAGACCUAAGAUUUUAUUCAUGUUUAUUAAAGUUUUUUUUUUUUUUUUAAAAAAGGAAAUGCUAACAUAAUAUCCAAAAGACAAUCCACUAUGUGUGUGAGAACAUUCCAUUUGUGCCAUAGAAACUGCCAGAACUGUCAUUUUUUUUGUUCUUUUGGUGUUGGGUUUUCCGAAUAUUCCUUAUACAUUGUGGUGUUGCUAUUCUGUGCAAAUAUUACUGGGGGCAGAGUUAGAGAUUUUCCAGUAUAUAUACAGAAAUAAAACUGUUCGAAUUUGGUUGUGACGGCGGGGAAUCCUUCUUUAUUGUUAUUUGUUUGAAUUAAGAUGAAAUUUUGUUGCGUUUACGGAUGUCUGUGAGGAGUGUGUGGACCGCUCCUACUCAAUGCUUGUCUUCAUGGAGUGAUACAAUCACGUCAUGUCUGUGAGGACAUUAAAAAAAAAAUCACCUUUGA